GCUCGGCAGCGAGCGAAGAGGCAGCAGCUAAUCCUUCUAGCGAUGAUUUUCCUCUUGCAGCAUUUCUUCUUGCUGGCCAUAGACUUACUACUCGCGACGACCCUUUCCUGCCUCUUUUAUGCCUUUGUAUGCAUUUCCAUCACAUUUUUGACCUGCUUCGUUAUCAUCUUCUCCUUCGGCAUUGUGGAGAGGAAUAUUGAUGUGAAAGGGAGAGCGAUUGUGAUUCUUGUGUCCAACAACUCCAUUGGGAGGAUGUUUGCAAGGAACCUGGAUAAAGCAGGUUUUAGGGUGUCUGCUGCACACUGGCCUCCUCGAGAGGAGGGGACAGCUGCGGAAGAAGAGGGCUCUUCAAACAUGGAGGUAGCCCAGCUCCACAUGACUGAAGACGAGUAUCAGAAGACAAUGAAAACCUUCAUAGAAAGCCACUUAUCCCUGAAAGGCUCUGCAGAAGGAGGACAUUUGGGAAGUCAGAGCAUGCACCACCACGAAGCCUCCCCUACUGCAGACACCCUUCAAAGAGGCGAAGCAUCCAGCAGACCAGAAGUGCCUGUGGUCAGAUCCUGCGGGACUCUGCAUGGCCCAGGAUACAUCCCCCCACUCACUAGCAGCCCGCAUGCUCCAGGAACAGGCGCCCUGCACACCAACAGUGGGUUUCAGACCAAACGCUCAGCUGCCUGCAUCAGCAUUUAAGCUAAUUCACACUAGUAAAAUUAUUCUGGUAAAACUUACCUGUGUGGACAAGGCCUAAAAGCUCCCAAAGCUGAGUAUCAGCAUAUUCCUGCUCUGGAAACAAACAAGGGAGACUGUCUUAACCAGUAAUGCUCCGUGGGAGCUGGUGAUUUCCGUGGCUUUUGUAAUUAAAUAAGGAUCUAGCCCAGUGAUGUCUUUUUUGCUUUUGAGUAUUUUGAUCACUGUGCUAGCUAAAGGCUUUUGAAGGUUGCUUUUUUUUUUUUGUCAGGGCACUCUAUUGUAAGGUCUGUGAGGUUUUACAUUUAGGAUCUCCUGCAUAGUAUUCUCAUCACCGAUGGGGAUGUUCAAAUGCAUUUCCCUAGCGCUGACCCAAUUGCAUGGCAGAUCAAAGCACUGCGUCAGGAAGGGGGGUGCGGGAAGAAAAGAAAACCCCAAACCUCACAGUUUUCUUGGAUUUCUUUGUUAAGAGUGUCGAGUGAGUGCUGGUAUGUAUUUCACAAGAUUUGCUGUAAUAUUUUGGCAUGGGUUGGGUGAAUGGGAACACCCGCCACCAGCUGACUGCUAAUAAAACCAUUUAAACCAAAUCCAAAGACUACAUUGGUAGGUGCCCACAUGCAAUUUGGUCAGCAGGAUGUGGACAAGGAGAAGAAAAGAGAGUUUGUGCUAUAGGGAUGAGACAUGGCAGAACCACUAUACAAAUUUCUCCAUUUAAAAAUUUCUCUUAUGCACUUUUAUAUGUAUGCAAUUCUUGGUUUCCAAAGAAAGGAACUCCUGCGGUAGUUUUUAUAAAUUUUUUUUAGUAACUUGUGCCAUAGGAGAUUUUUACUGUUAUAUCUUUGCUAGUGUAAGUAAAAAGAUGCUUGUUUGCUAUAAACACAGCCUUCGAAAUGCAUCCUAAAUGCCUUUCAAAAGUAACACAACGAAGACAGAACUCCCUAAUCACAGUUCCUUCUAGAACUGAAAGACUUAUGACAACUA